AUUCCGAAAAUCAACAGUUGGCCUUUGGAAAAUUAAAUUUUAUUGUCGUAACCAAAUCGAUUUUCAUAUCGAUUAUUUAAGCACUGCAACACGGAAUAGGUAACAACAAAGCGCGCGGUGCCGGCAACUUCAGGAAUCAUACGUUUCUCAAAUUCUAAACUUCAAUUUGUUUAUAUUCAAUUACUUAAACGUGGUGUUGUUAAAAGACCGCAACAAUGUCCGAGGCGGCUCUAAAUACUUGUAAAUUGCUGCUGUUUGGCCGUUGCGUGCGCGCCGUAUUACUCAGCGUCGGCGUACAAUUCCUAUUGCUCACCGUAUUUCUGUUGUUAAUUAAUUUUGAAUUAUUUCAUCCCCUGAAUUGGAUUAUGAGUUCGUUGCGCUUGGUGUGCAGCUUUUACACAUGGUUCGCCUGCAUACCAUUACUAGGCGCUAUUGUAUUCUAUGGAAUGACGCUCUCCCAUCAACAUCUAGCCGAGCGUCGCUAUUGGCCCACACGCUAUCGGUGGCUGCUGCACAAUGGUCCGCAAAAACUACUUUUUCUGUUCGCUCAUGCGAUUGUGGGCUACCUAACUGCAUGGCUAUACACAGGAUAUUUACACACGGAUUACCGUCACUUUAUCUUCAAGGCAUAUGGCCAGGACUGUGUGAACUCUUACCACAUUUUUUUGCUGGGCAUGGGCCUUUGCGCUGGCGCCUAUUACUUUGCCACCGAGUACAUGCAGGAAGAGGCUUCCAUUGAUUUCGACUUUGCUGAGCAGUCGCGUUCAGAGAAGCUACGCGAAGUGCUCUAUGCUACGCUGCUGAAGGCGCCUAUGAGUUCAGUGAUGCCGACGAUUUGCUACACAUUUGUAUUUUGGCUAUUCGGCACAUUUCUAAGGUAUCGUCUAAGUAUUGUACUCAACGUGGACACGGACGACAGACUGCUUGGGAUUGUAGACGUGAUCACCAAUGGACGCUUACUAUUCUAUGCCUGGUUGCUGGGCGCUCAGAUAGUUAGCAAUAUGCGUCUAAUGCGUUGCUUUUACGCCGCAAUACUCUCGGAGCCUCUUCCAAUGACUGUUGCACGCCAUCGCCUUUCCGUUCCCGGUGAACAGGAGCUCACCAUUGUGGCUGGCCUGGGAGUCUUCAAUGUUUAUGUGGUACAGUGUUUGGCUGCUAAUUUCUUGUAUCAGGAAGCACAACGCCAAACUUCGUCAGUGCGUAGUGAAAUCUUCCAGCUCACUGAGCCGGGUAAUCGGCCAGCUAACUGGCGCGCACUUUGCGACCAAUGCCUCAGCAUAUUGGACAGCUUUACCGAUGAGCUUAGUAAUUCGAUGCGAAAGAGCAACGUGGAUCAGCCAAUUUACAGCGAUACGAGCAGCGCACUUCUAGCAGAGAAGCUGCUGCUACGACAAUACAAUCAAUUGCAUGGCAUUCGACCUGUUGUUGCGCCACAACAUGCUGAAGGUCCCAGCAGGGAUUGGAAUACUAAGAGCACGGAUAGCAUUCGCCGUGUACCCAACUGGUGUGAACGCACGUCGACGAAAUUGGAGGAGUUAUUGCAGGAAGUGCUACAUCGUAUUCCUGGCAUCGUUUACUUCUUCUACGAGCCCGAAGGUGCCAAAACUGAAUUUCUCCUAGAGAAUGCUCUGCCCGUGAUAUGGUUGACGCAGGCGCUGGCUCAGAUAUGCGUCGCAUCCAUUAAGGAGGAUAAUUAUGGCAUUGUUCAGGAUGAUUUGCCGGCUAUUAUCAAGGCCUUGCAUCGCCUCAAAUGUGAUUUGGACAGACUGGCCAACGGCACGCCCAACUUUCGCACAAACAGCAGCAACUUCAAUCAUUUACGUUAUGCUGUUCGUCGUAGUCUCUACAACAUUUGCAUAUCGUUCUAUAAAUACCUUGGGGAUCUGACCUCAUCAGGCGAAGAGCUGCGACAGCUACAGACGUUCGUUUAUCAAGGAUAGGAAGUCAUACACACUUGUUAAACAUCUCUCAUAGUUUGUUCUUCAGUAACAAUAAAAAUUAAUAAAUACAUUUACAUUUA